AUGGCCGAGAAAUUGGGAGAAAAAUUGGGAUGGUUGGUGUUCCAUGGAAACUUGCCGAUUGAGGAGAAGAUGCGCGUGUAUCAGGAAUUCGCCACGAAAGAAGGUUCAAUGGUGGUGGCGACGUCCGCAUUCAGCCAUGGUGUUGAUGUAGCGAGGGUGGGGCAUGUGAUAACCGUCGGGGGAGUCGAUAAUAUUAUUGACUUCCAGCAAGUGGUGGGUAGAAUGUGGCGUGGAGAAGGAAGCAAAAUUGGGCGGUCAUACGUGUUGUUAGAUUACGGGUUUCGCGAUUCGCAGAUCACGCCCGCUAGAUGUGUUAAUCUGGUAUUAGCGUCCAGUCUAUAUGGGAGCAGUGAUGCUGAUUGCGAGGCGCUUGGAUGUGUGAAAUGCUCUGUUUGUGAUCCCCAGAAAAGAGUAAGCGCAGGAGCGUAUGUGCCAGGAAUAGAAGAUCGCGAGAUCGUAAGGGCAGCUGAAGAUCAGGAAAGUAGCCAAGAGAUGGUACCAUAUUCAAUGAGUGCGGAAUUGCGGGAGUGGAUGCAGUCGCAUGAAUUCAAUAUUCUCCGCAUGCAUAGGUUGAGGCCAUCAAGUGAGUUUGUAGGCAAGGCGUUGGGAUGCUAUAGUGAUACGUGCUUUGGGACGCUUAUCAAUGUGGGAAUAAUUGAAGGAAUAGAGAUGUGCAAUGGGUGUUUUUUAUCGCAGGAGCAUGCAUUUGGAUUUGAUGCCGAGCAUGUUUGUUCGACGUCAGCUAUGCAAUGUUCGCUCACCCCCCUUCUUCAAGGAUUCUUGGUGAAGUUUCUCUGGCAAGCAGAGGAGCCGGCUAGCCAGUUGCAGGAGUUGGCAGUGACGGGAAGAAUAAGCGGGGCAUUGCGGCAAAGCUAUAUUAAUAUGGUGGUUGAUGCCAAAGAAGGGCGAGAUCGGGAGUUCUUUCAUGAGUUAGUAAAAGGCUGUUGGAUGCGUGGGAAUGAAGUUUCAAUUCUCAGCGAAAUGGUUGAGAGGGUCAACGAAUAUAUCAAAAAGCCAGCUGUAAGUAGCGAGCAGCUUGUGUAUAAGCCAACCGGUGGAAGCAGCAUAAUGAAUGAUUUGGCGUUCAGAACGAUGGUGAGAGAUAGCUGGAAUCGCAUGCGGAUAGUGAAUGAAGAAAGAGCGUUUGGCUAUUGUGCCAGAUGCUGGUUGAAGGGUAAGCAUCAAGAGCGAAGAGAAUGUAAUCGAGAUGUGAUAGUGGAGAUCCUUGUGCAUGCGUAUAACGAGAAGGUGGCCAUGGCGCA